CACGUGCGAGUCGUGACGUGUACACGCGCGAUGUAUGUGACGCAACAAUAACAGUCAGUUUUACUCAUUAUAAUUAUUGUGCGGUGAUUAUACAAGAAUCUGUGAUAUUUGUGAACUGUGGUGUUUGUUAGAUAUUUUAUCAUGGUGUCAGUGUUGUGAUUGACAUGUAUACGUAUGCUGCGAGCGCGGGGGUGGGCGCGCACUACCCCGCCGCCCCACCUACGUAUCUGCCGUCUCACCAACUCGCCGCCCCCGGUCUGGGGGUUGUACCGCCCCCGACGAUGCCGGCCCUCUCGCCACACACUAAGCGUCGCAGAUCAGAUGAGGACGACCCUAGUGGCAGCAAAUACCCUCGAAUGGAGGAGGACAGCUUGCAAGACAAGGAGAGGUUCGCCAGGUGUUCUAUUCAAUCGGAGCUAGAAACCAAUGGUAGAAGUAGGGAGAACCAUUGCGAAAUCGAGCGACGGAGGCGCAACAAGAUGACGGCCUACAUCACCGAGUUGUCCGACAUGGUGCCUACCUGCAGCGCGCUGGCGAGGAAACCGGACAAACUCACCAUCCUGCGCAUGGCUGUGGCUCACAUGAAGGCGCUUAGAGGUACAGGCAACACCAGCACAGACGGCACAUAUAAACCUUCGUUCCUCACAGACCAGGAGCUGAAACACCUGAUACUAGAAGCAGCUGAUGGCUUCUUGUUUGUAGUCACAUGUGACACUGGUCGCGUCAUCUACGUCUCCGACAGUGUCAGUCCUGUCCUCAACCAUUCCCAGAGUGAUUGGUUUGGGUCGAGCAUCUUUGAGCAUCUCCACCCCGAGGAUGUAGAGAAGGUGAGAGAGCAACUGAGCACCCAGGAGCCCCAGAACUCCGGCAGGAUACUGGACCUCAAGACAGGAACUGUCAAGAAAGAGGGCCACCAGUCAUCUAUGAGACUUUGUAUGGGGUCAAGGAGAGGGUUCAUUUGCCGAAUGAAGGUUGGCAACCUUGGUCCAGACAGUAUGGCGACAGGACACCUCAACAGACUGAAGCAGCGUAACAGUCUGGGGCCCUCGCGCGAGGGACUCAACUACGCGGUCGUCCACUGCACGGGCUACAUCAAAAACUGGCCGCCCACAGGUCAGUUCGACAACCACGCGCUCUCCGCAGGGGUACAGAUGGAGAGGCAAGAGGAGGACGGAACACACUGUUGUCUUGUCGCCAUUGGUCGUCUACAAGUGACAUCGACACCUAACACUAGUGAUCUUGCCGGCGCCAACAGUAAUGCAGAGUUCAUAUCCCGCCACUCGAUGGAUGGAAAGUUCACGUUCGUGGAUCAGCGUGUGAUUACACUUCUAGGGUACACUCCACCCGAGCUUCUGGGGAAAUCCUGCUUUGAGUUCUUCCACCCGGAAGAUCAGACCCACAUGAAGGAGAGCUUUGAACAAGUGUUGAAGCUGAAGGGGCAAGUGAUGUCUGUGAUGUAUCGGUUCCGAGCCAAGAGUCGAGAAUGGGUGUGGUUGAGAACCUCGGCUUUCGCCUUUCUCAACCCGUACCACGACGAGAUCGAGUAUAUUGUCUGCACCAACACAACAGCCAAGUCACUCCACUCCACGGGAGAGACUGCAGGGGAGGCUGAACAGAUCCCUUACCAGCCUGGGAUAGAUUACAGUCUGCAGCGCAGAGACGUCUACUCUCACAUACCACAACAUAUACACGGUAACCAGACUGGCAGACCAGGCAGUAACCAAGCGGUGUACAGCAGCUACGAGGCGACAGCUUCCCCUAUCAGUUACAACUCUCCUGCGCAGGGCUCUGUGCUGAGUCGUAUAUCCAAGACUCCCCCCACCACCCAGCACUCCUCUGCGUGGACCACCCUUAGACAGCAGCAACCAGUGACGGAAGGCUACCAGUACAAUCAGCUGAGUCCGUCGCAGAGUCCCACUGGUCCUACGUACACUCAGCUGAGUGGAGGAGCUCGCGGAGCAGCCCCAGCGCCGUACCACGCUGCUCCCACUCCUGGCAUGUGGUCGUGGCAGGGCCCCAACCAGGCGGGUGAGGCAGGCCCCGGGUCCAGUGGUGGGGGAGGAGGUGGACCCACGGGUGCCGGACCCCCGGGUGAGCUCAGUGACAUGAUGAUGCAGAUGUUAGACCAAGGAGCUGCGACCUCCUUCGAGGAUCUCAAUAUGUUCAACACUUCGUUUGAGUGAAUAUCGCCACAUUAGCACCUGUACAGUUUUGACUUUCCCUCACUUUGAAUGUUGCAGUGUUGUUGAUCGCACGCCGUACAUCUUGAAGGUUUUAAGGGAGGAUUUUCUUUUGAGGUUCGACCUGUUGUGUUUCAGUUGAAAACAGCAGCUCUUGGACAUUUAUUUAUAUUUUUUUAAAGGGGAAAAUAUGUCAGGAACUGUUUUUGACAUUGUUAGUGGUUUUAAUUAGGGCUGUUAAAAAGUAAUUUUGAAUCCUUUGAUUUUAAGGAUUGUGCAUAACACACUUGAAUUAACGUCAAUUUUAUUUUGCGAACCACAAAAGAAAGUUAUUUCUCUCUAUUUAUCGAACCUCGUAGUUAACGUAAGUUAAGAACGUUUUCUCAUAUCAAUGCCGCGACGGUGUGUGUUUGCGCAAGUUGUGAUCGUUUGGUUGUUUGCAAUACCAGUGAAAUGACUCCGCAAGUUUUUGAUACUUUAUUAGUUGCUGUUUUAGUGUAAUUCCUAGUAUAUAGAGGAUGUAAACAACCGACAAAGUCUUAAUUUUAGUUUUCUAUUAAGAUCAUAUUUUGUAAAUCUGUUGUCGUUGUCAGUGUAUACAGCUAUAAUUUUGUAUAUUAUCGUUCGGCAAUUUCGUAGGUUAGGAAUAGAGUUAUUUUUAAAUAUCAGUGCCAGCAUUGUUUGUAAUUCUGCCUGUAUCGCACAAUUAUUAUUGUUUCGCUAUUCAUCGAGUCCAUUUCAAGCUGUUGUUAUUUUGUGGAUUAAAAUUUAGGUCUUGUUAGUGAGAUAUCAAAUUUUUGUAAACAAUCACAAUGGAGCAAGGUUUUGUUAUAACAAACUUUGUUUUUUAAUCCUCAUAUCCAAGUCCGAGUCAGGUAUUUUUUUUUCAGUUUACUGCUGAAACAUAUUUUAUUACUCAUUGUAAUUAAUAAUAUAUCUUCCAUCAACUCUAUACCUCCGGUUUCCUGCAGUAAAACACCAUGUGUAAUCCUAGUCCAUAUAAAUUUUUAAAUAAUUUUUAACUUUAACCAUAAAAUAGUCAUAACUAUUUUUCAAGAUAAUCAAUCUUCACCUGCAUUUAAAGUCUUUAAAGAGUGUUUUGUUGAAAUAUUUUAAGGUCAUAGUUAUUUACUUGGUAUUUUAGUAAAAUUAUAUUUUCAAUGUUGUUUUAAAAUGGAAAUUGUUAUGCCUCAAUUCUAUUACAGUUGUUAAAGUUUAUUAAGCUUUGUAAAGUGAUUCAAGUUUUAAGUUUCAGCGCGAUCUAUUGCUGGUUCAUAUAGAUGGGAUAUAUCAGCUUCCGAAGUCACAUUAAACUCAAGGAUUAAAAUGUGACUAAUUUUUUUGCAGGGUCUUAUCAUCAAACUCAUUCUGCCCGAACAACUAAUAACUAUUGUAUUUUGCAAAUACUUUUUCUCUUCAGUAACCUUAUCCUUUUGCCAAAAGUUGUUCUUUGAAUGAUUAAUAUCAUCUAAUUUUACUUUUCACUAAUACAAAAUUAUUACUUUGCAAUAUCAAAAUUUUCACAUCUAGAAUAAUAAUACAGCAAGUAGCUUGUUCAUAUUUUACUAUUUUCAGCAUAUUAUCAUAAUACAUCUUGUUAAGUUGUGUUGUGAUUGGAUGAUUCUGUUUUCAAUUUUGUCCAAUAUCAACUAACUCAUUAGCUGCUCGCUGUAUUUGUUAAAUAGUCUACUUACUGUAUUAUCAUUCUUGAUAGAUUUUAGUGUUAGUUUCAUUUUAUAAUGGAAGAUAAUUGACUAAAAAUACUCAUCUAUGUAUUUUUUAAUUAUGAUAAUUGUUGGAAUUAUUUGCUAAGCAAUGUUGUGCGAUUAGGUGUUUUAAAAUUGUCUUAUUUAUGUAAAAUGUAUUGUAACUGAUGGUUUUAUUUUUCAUACAAUUUAAUUGUGAAUAUGUA